UGCUUGCAAGUUAAUUGCCUUGUCAAUAUUGUUUCGGUUAGGAUUUCUUUAAAUAAACAAUUUUUUCGAUAUAUAGUGAAUUUGCGAUGUUUGUUAAAAGUUGAUCCACAAAAAAAGAAUUAUGGUUCGCAGUAGCGACAAGGAAAGACACCACAGGAGGAGAUCUCGCUCAAGGUCCAGAUCUCGCUCAGCAUCACUAGAAAAAAAGAGGAGACGAUCAAGGAGUAGAGACCGUGAAAGAGAAAGGGAAAGAGAAAAACCAUCGAGACAUCGUGAGCGACGAAGUCGUUCUAGGGAAAAAGAAAGGGAGAGAAGUGAUCGCAGAGAAAAGUCAGAUCGAGACAAGUCCAGGGAAAGGGACAGAGAUCGUGAUAGGGAAAGAGACAGAAAAGGUGGAGACAGUAAAGAAAAGCGUCUUACAGGCUCGAAAUUAUCUCGAUCUGGCAAAGAACGAUCCAACAGAUCCAGGUCUCGUGAACGGACGAAAGAUAAGGAAAAAGCUGACAAUGAUGAGUUACCAUUUGACCACACAAAGCUGGAUAAGGAAGAAGAGCAGAAACGUUUGGAGUUGGAGAUGCAAAAGAGGCGAGAAAGAAUAGAAAGAUGGAGAGCAGAACGGAAAAAAAAGGAACUGGAAGCCAACAGAAAGGAUGGAAAGGCUUCGAUGUUGGCUAAUUUACAGCUACCUGCAGCUAAGAAGUGGUCUCUCGAAGAUGACAGCGACGAAGAAACUCCACUUGCAAAUAAAGAAAUAAAGGAUGAGGAAAUAAAAGAGGUCAAUCAAGAGGUAAAGGAGGAAGUCAAAAAACAAGAAGAGGAAGAGAUUGACCCUUUGGAUGCAUUUAUGGCAGAAGUGCAAGAGGAAGUCAGGAAAGUCAACAAAAUUGAUAACAAGGCUGUUAAGCCAGUUGGACAAAACUCAGAUGUCCAAACGUCUGGAGGUGUUGUCAUUGUAACAGGUGUAGCAAAGAAGAAAGUACAAAAACAAAAAGGUGAGCUCAUUGAACAGAACCAGGAUGGACUGGAGUAUUCAAGCGAGGAGGAAGGGGAAAAUCUUCACGAAACAGCUGCUGGCAUUGCCAAUAAACAGAAACGAGAACUGGCAAAAGUUGAUCACAACUUGACCGAGUACAUGACGUUUAGAAAAGCAUUUUAUCGCGAAGUCCCAGAGAUCGCUCGUAUGAUGCCGGAAGAAGUGGAAAUGUACAAAGAAGAGCUAGAAGGCAUACGCGUCAAGGGGAAAAACUGCCCCAAGCCCAUCAAAACUUGGGCGCAGUGUGGCGUGUCCAAAAAAGAGAUAGAUGUCCUUCGUAAGCUCAACUACGAAAAACCAACGCCCAUUCAGUGCCAGGCGAUUCCAGCUAUAAUGUCGGGCCGUGACCUGAUUGGUAUCGCGAAAACGGGCAGUGGUAAGACCCUCGCCUUUCUACUGCCUAUGUUUCGUCACAUCCUCGACCAGCCGCCAAUGAAUGACGGGGACGGUCCCAUUGCCCUCAUAAUGACGCCUACGCGCGAGCUCUGCAUGCAAAUCGGCAAGGAUUCAAAGAAAUUCACGAAGUGCCUUGGACUUUCGUACGUUUGCGUGUACGGUGGUACUGGAAUUUCUGAGCAGAUAGCCGAGUUGAAGCGCGGUGCCGAGAUCAUUGUCUGUACGCCCGGUAGGAUGAUUGACAUGCUCGCAGCUAAUAACGGCAGAGUGACCAAUCUUAAGAGGGUAACUUACGUCGUGUUGGACGAGGCUGACAGGAUGUUUGAUAUGGGUUUCGAGCCCCAGGUGAUGCGAAUAAUGGAGAACGUCCGGCCCGAUCGACAAACUGUACUUUUCAGUGCAACGUUUCCCCGCCAAAUGGAGGCCUUGGCGCGCCGCAUCCUGACGAAACCGAUCGAAGUCCAAGUGGGCGGCCGCUCGGUCGUCUGCCCAGAUGUCGAGCAGCACGUUGUCGUUUUGGAAGACGACCAAAAGUUCUUGAAACUACUCGAGAUACUCGGUCACUACCAUGACAAGGGAUCCAUUAUCAUUUUCGUGGACAAACAGGAGAACGCCGAUACGUUGCUAAAAGAUCUGAUGAAAGCCUCGUAUCCAUGCUUAUCCCUGCACGGUGGUAUCGACCAGUGCGAUCGUGACUCCACAAUAAUGGAUUUCAAAAAGGGCAAAGUCAAGCUGCUCGUAGCGACUUCCGUUGCGGCCAGGGGUCUGGACGUCAAGAGUCUCGUGCUAGUCAUCAAUUAUGACUGUCCCAAUCACUACGAGGAUUAUGUACAUAGAUGCGGAAGGACCGGUCGCGCCGGAAACAAAGGCUUCGCCUACACUUUCAUAACGACCGAGCAAGAGCGCUACGCAGGUGACAUAGUGCGCGCACACGAGCUAGCUGGAGUGCCCGUACCCGACGCUCUCAAGUUGAUGUGGGAGAACUACAAGAACCGUCAAGAAGCCGACGGCAAGAAGGUGCACUCGGGUGGUGGGUUUAGCGGCAAGGGGUACAAAUUCGACGAGUCCGAGGCUGCACUGGCCAACGAGAAGAAGAAGUUCCAAAAGGCAGCCCUCGGCUUGCAGGAUUCGGACGACGAAGACAUUGAAAAUGACAUCGACCAGCAGAUCGAGACGAUGUUGCAAGCCAAAAAGAUUGUCCACGAGCUGCCGAAAUCGGCAGUUUCGGGUACGGGUGUGACAAGCACCGGUGGCUCGGUACCAAGUGCCACGGAGAAGCUUGAGUUGGCCAGGCGACUUGCCUUGAGGAUCAAUAGCGUCAAAAAUCUGGGCAUCGAAGCCAAGGGAGCUACUCAGCAGGUCACCGAAGCCAUACUCAAGGGUGCUGGACCAACGAACCUAAUCACGUCCAAGACGGUAGCUGAACAAAUAGCGGCCAAGUUGAACACGAAGCUAAACUACCAGCCUCGAGAAGAGGACCUCAUCGAAGGCGAAGGUGAAGGGGGUGAGCAGACCUUCCGCAAGUACGAGGAGGAGCUCGAGAUUAACGACUUCCCGCAGCAGGCGCGUUGGCGUGUGACAAGUAAAGAAGCCCUCGCUCAGAUAAGCGAGUACUCCGAGGCUGGUCUGACAGUGCGUGGCACUUACAUAGCGACGGGUAAGGCACCACCGGACGGCGAGCGCAAGCUGUACCUGGCUAUCGAGUCGACGAGCGAACUCGCCGUCAGCAAAGCCAAAGCCGAGGUCUCGAGGCUCAUCAAAGAGGAACUGAUUAAGCUACAGGCGUCGGGGACACACACGGUCACCCGUGGACGCUACAAAGUCUUGUAAUGACCUUUUCUUUGUGGCUCUUUUUUGUUACUCGCUUCAUCUUAUUUGUGUAUUUCGUACUUCUUUUACAUUACUUUGUCUGACCAGAUCCAAAUAUGACAGUGUAAAAUAAUAAAGUUAUAUCUUACAAAAGUU